CCACGUGGUUCCAAAAUUCAGUUUAACUGCUCCAAACUUUUGUGUGUCCAUGGAAAUUCCAGUCCUAGGUCUAUUGUCCAUAAAAAUCUCCAAGGCCCAUUUUCUUCUUGACAGUUCUUCUAGUGCUAAUCAUGCUCAUUUGUCUUGUACUGGAAUAUGAAUCAAGAUAAUUAGUAUCAAAAUAUUUUAUCCUGACUGCAUCAUUGCUAGUUUGGAUGCCAUAAAAAAUAUUUCUUGGCAGGUUUAGGGUUUACUUGGGUUUUUGGACAAUCAUAGAAUAAGGGCUAGGGUUUAGUGGGUUACGGUGAUUAAAGCUUUUCUUUCCAUAGGGGUUUUUGGGAAAACAUAGAAUUAGGGCCAGGGUUUAGUGGAGUAUGGUGGUUAUGGGUAUUUUUUGGGAGAUCUGGCGUGAAAGGAUUAGAAAAUUUUCAUGAAGGUUCCUUUGUUAGGUAUAAAUCCUUUUGAGUUUCCAUCUCUCUUCACAGCGGAAAAGAAAAAUGAUGGCAGAACUUUCAGAAUGUGACCUGCUCAAGCUUAUACUUCGCUACAACCGUUUGGGAAUGAAUGCUGCUGAGGCUGAUGCAGAGGAGAUCAUUGACAUGGCCACUAAAGCUUCUUUUGCUGAUCAACAAAAGCAAGUACAAGAGAACAUCCACUCGCAGGUUAAAAGUUUUUGCAUGCAUAUGGAUGAAAUUCUUCUUCCAGAUACGAGGAAGAGCAAUGAACCUGCAGAAUCCCCUGAAAAAUCCAGUGAUGCUGUUCGAAAAAGUGGUCUUAGUUUUGCUGUUGGCAGAACUAGUCCACCUACUGAUAUGGCUGAUAUCCCAACGACAAGGCCAUUGGGACGUUCUGAACUUUCUCAGAAAUUAAAGGAUGAAAUUGGCUACACUCUUGACAUCCAGCCAUCUCAAAUCCCUCACAAGGAUGCUGGACAAGGUCUUUUUAUAGAUGGUGAAGCUGAUGUCGGAUCUGUUAUAGCGAUAUACCCAGGCGUUAUAUAUUCCCCUGCUCAUUAUCAAUACAUUCCUGGAUAUCCAAGAGUUGAUGCUCAGAACCCUUAUCUGAUCACGAGGUACGACGGAACUGUGAUCAAUGCCCAACCCUGGGGUUUAGGUGCUGAUAUCCGCGAGGUAUGGCAUGGCUUAACUGUACCCGAAAGUAACCCGAUCAAACAAGGCGACGAGAAAUCAGAUCGUCUUUGGCGAAUGCUGAGCAAACCUUUAGAAGCCAAACGAGUGGGGCAUGGUGGUGAUGCUCUAGAACGUAGAAACCCUCUAGCAUUUGCUCAUUUCGCCAACCACCCAGCUAAGGAUAUGGUUCCAAAUGUCAUGCUUUGCCCUUAUGAUUUCCCCUUGACUGAGAAGGACAUGAGAGUUUAUAUUCCAAAUGUAUCAUUUGCAAAUGAAGAAAUGAACAUGAAGAGGCUCGGUAGCUUUUGGUUCAAGUCUGGACGUUCGAGAAUCAACGGAUCAGAUACUCCCAUUUUGAAGACAAUUGUUCUGGUUGCAACUCGGGCACUCUGCAAUGAAGAAGUGCUCUUAAAUUACAGAUUGAGCAACUCCAAGCGUCGGCCAUCAUGGUAUACUCCUGUUGAUGAAGAGGAAGAUAGGAGGAGAUGGAGUUGACUCGUCUUGUCAAAGGUAUGACACCAUUGUUCUGAUUUUGUUGGCGAGUUCAGAUAAUCCUUUCGAUAACUUUUCUCCUCAAACUGUAGUAAUUUUUUCUUAAGAUGGCUAUAACUGAUGUACAAGAAUAAGGCUGACUAAGAGUAUACUUAAAUUUUCGAAAGCCUGUUCUGAAUUUCCAUGAGAUGAAUAGAAUUGUUUUGCAAUGAAA